UUGACACCUCAUUCGAUUGACGUUUCACAAGAAAACAAAUCCGGGAAUGCCAUGGAGAAUAAUAAGCAGCAAGAUUUGUCUGACGACGAUUAUAAACAAGAGUCUCCAAGUAACACAUGGAACCCAACCAAAGACACUGAUAACAGUCCUGGAGAUAUAAAAUCGCGUAAAAGAAAAAUAGAAUCUGAACCUUCUGAAAAUGGCAAAUCAAUAUCAACAGAAACAGUUUUAAUUGCUAACAGGGAAAACACCCCAUUUUUUGCCGACCAACCAUCUUCAGACUUGUACGGAUUAAAACCAGAGUUCCUCAAAUCGUUGGGUAUAAAUUUACCACUGUCUAAGUGGGUGUAUGUUACUAAUUUUAGGUGUGAUAAGUCAGAACUGAAAGACGUGUUUGAGCUAGCGGGCCAUGUUGUGAUAUGUUCCAUGAUAGCGGUCCGUAAUAGAUAUGCCAAUGUGAUGUUUAAUCAUCCACUAGAAGCUGUACAGGCUAUAUCCAUGUUUAAUGGCCAAAAUCUAUACGGUCAGAAUCUAAAAGUUAUGAUGAUCAAUCCACCAAGUGACACUAUAAUUUUACCAAAAGGACUAAAAGAUAUUGGUCCAGGUUUAGGAUUUAAUGGGCGACCGUUAAGAGACGUAGAACAACAUUAUAGAAAGUACAAAAAACACCAACGCUCACUCCUCGACGUUUCGGUGUUCACGCGGAAUAAUGAUGAUGAAGAGAAAGAACAUUUGGAUAUUAAGAAAGAAGAGGUAGAUACAAACAGUUGUAAUUCCAGUGAAAAAACUGAUUCUUCGAAGCGGCGAAAAUAUUUUAAAACUACCAAUGUGCAAGAUCUCUCUGUCUGUGAAGAUUCAGCGCAGGAUACAAUUUCGGAGAACGCUAGCAAAAAGCCAAGACUCGACGAAAUUGAGAGUUCGUCUGAUGAAGAAACUAUAGAUGCAAGAAUAGUAACACCUUCAAAAUUAAAAGAUAAACAGAAGCCACCUGAGAAAAAUACAUUUCCAAAUGAUCCACGCCUAAACUCCCUUGCAUUAAGUACAAGCGUAUCAGAUAAAAAGCCUCCAGCAAUUACAGAAUUGCAGCAAAAGUUUCCACCAUCAGGUUUACAAUUUCCAAAUCAACCAGGGAAUAUAAGACCUGGGCCGUUUCAUCCGCCGGGACCAGUGAUGAAUCCUGUCAGACCUAUGAUGGGGCCUGUUGGACCAUCAGGUCCAAUGAUGCAGCCGAUUGGUGCGAAUGUUCCUAUAGUCCCAAUGCAUCCGAAUGUCCCAAUAAGGCCAUGUCCUCCAGUACGUCCUCAAGGUCCUUUAGGUCAUCCAGGUUCUGUAGGUCCUCAAGUACCUUUAGGACCCGUAACAGGGCCCAUACGCCCUUACAUGCCUGGGCCUUACAGGCCACCUACUGCCAAUGUCCCAGUCAUGCAAGGCCCGAAUCCAGCGAUGGGUCCUCGGCCAAUGAUUUCUCCGAAUGGUCCACCAUCAGGGCCUAAUCAACUGGUGGCUAAUAAAGAGCACCAGGUGCUAUUCCGUAAUCUACCACCAUCCACAACGUUCCCUCUGCUCUGCGACGAGGUAUCUCGCUGCGGUCGCCUGUUGUCUCUGCAGCUCACCACUCCAGGCUGUGCCGUCGCCAGGUUCGGUCGCUUGGAUGAUGCCCAAAGAUGUUUUCAGUAUUUCAACGGAAAGCGCAUCGACGGUUUCGUCAUAGAGGCGUGCAUUACAUAAAAUAAACGGUGAGUUAGUGGAUUUUCUAGUUCAAAAUUAUAACUUAUGGUUUACGCAAUAAAGUUAGGUUUCUGUUAAUUAUAAGAUUUGUUUAUCUAUUUAACUGAGAUGAUGUAUACCAUAUUUUAAGUUAGGUAAUUAUGUACCUAAAUUACAUAUAGGCAUAUUAUAGACUGAUAUUAUCGAGUACCUACAUAAUGUGCAAUGAAAAAGCUUCAUAGGAGUAGACAGGAGAAUCAAUUUAAUACGUUUUUUGUGUCUAAAAACUUUCCCAUACAAAUUGUAUUAAAUUAAAAUGUGUGUUCUUUUUAUAUGAGCACCAAAAUCACAAUUUUUUAGCAUGUAAUUUACUAAGCGAAUUUUUGCUUGAGGCAAUAAUUAUUAUGAAGUUUUUUCACUGUAUGUUGGUAUUCGGUACAAGUUUUGUUUGAGAAUGUUAUUUUAAAUAAGAAUGUUUAUUAUACUAAAAGAGGAUCUUAUUAAAAUAUGUAUAAUACAAUAUAUUAGAAAAUGUACUAUAGAAAUAGUUUUU